AUGACAACCAAAACCCUGGAAGCUCGCUUCGAGCAUCUCUCGGUCAACGAUGAGAACGAAUCUGCACAGACCGGAAAGACUUUAAGCAAGUCAAAGGGUUCGCUGUCGACCGCCGUAUCUAUAACUGGUCUGGGAGCUGGCAACCAGCCAUCCGCAACCCGCAAUCAUCUCCUCAAGAUUGCCCUUCAAAAUACAAACGAGGCAAGAACCAAUGCUCAAUUGCCGAGUUCUGACGAAAAUGGCGCCGCCACCCUCUAUGACCAGCCGUCAACCAAAAAACUGCACCUAGGCAUGUUCGAAAUCGGCAAAGCCCUUGGAAAGGGAAAGUUCGGUCGAGUAUACUUGGCCAAGGAGCGUUCUUCCGGUUUUAUCUGUGCUCUAAAGGUGCUCCACAAAUCAGAACUCCAACAGGGAGGAGUUCAGAAGCAGGUCCGAAGAGAGAUUGAAAUCCAGAGCAACCUGCGUCACCCCAACGUCUUGCGUCUUUUUGGCCACUUUCACGACAGUAAGAGAAUCUUCCUCAUUCUAGAGUUUGCAGGCAAAGGUGAACUAUACAAGCACCUCCGUAAGGAACACCGGUUCCCGGAGUGGAAAGCCGCUCAAUAUAUUGCACAAAUGGCAGCGGCUUUGAAAUACCUGCACAAGAAGCACGUCAUCCAUCGAGACAUUAAACCGGAGAACAUUUUGAUGGGCAUCCACGGAGAGAUCAAGAUCAGUGACUUUGGUUGGAGUGUGCACGCCCCAAACAACAGAAGGCAGACGAUGUGUGGUACUCUGGACUACCUCCCACCAGAGAUGCUUGUCACGGGUACUCAAGAAAACUUCUACAGCGAGAAAGUAGACCUGUGGAGUCUUGGCGUUUUGACGUAUGAGUUCCUUGUUGGAGAAGCUCCUUUCGAGGAUACUCCAGUCAUGACCCAGAGAAGGAUCCGUCGAGGAGAGAUGACAAUACCUUCUUUCAUCAGUCCCGAGGCAAGGGACCUCAUCAAAAAGCUGCUCGUUCUCGAUCCUGAAAAGAGAAUUCCUUUGGAAGAAGUCCAGCAGCACCCUUGGAUUAUCAAACAUUGCAUGAAAGGAGAAAAGGGCGCCCAACGGAGCUCGAAUCCGAAAUGA